AUUGUUGGGUGGCUCGCUGGAUUAACAUAUUCUCCAAGAGAACUGAAAAGUGUAAAGCAAGCACCCAUCAACUGUUCAGUUUCAACUUUAAAACAUCGGAAAAGCAACCCAACAACAACAUAAAUCAUAAUACAUCCAAACUCUCCGCACGGAUACCUCUCUCUCUCCGACUCUGUUCCACCUCUUAAACACACGAGUUGGCGAACACCACAGACUCAACAAGUGGUAAAAAGAAAAUAAAUAACGUCGGAGUAAUACUUUUGUUCCUUUUUUUUUUUUAAGCGAGUCAUCAUUUUUCUAAAUAUAUAAUUAUAUUUUAAUUAACAUCUUAAUGCUUUAUUACAUUAAUUUGGUGUAAUAAAUUUCAUACCUACUCAGCAUCAUCAUCUGAUUCUCGCUGUCUGUCUCUCUCUCUCUCCUCGUUCUCUCCGUCGCUCCUCCUUGUGCGGUGAAUUUUAAUUGUCUAGGGUUUUUGUUGCCUCCUGAUCCUCCAUUUAAAUAAUGAACACCACCACCUUGUAGCAGCAGCUGCAGCUCUGCUCAAAACACUCCAUUCUUCGCUUUAUUUUAACCAACUUAUUCACUGCUGUUGAAUCCAAUGGGCGCGUGUUGUUCGACGUUUUGCCGAGGGGAUGGUGAUAUAAACAAGAUCUCAAGUGGGGCGACUUUGGAUUCCAAGGUCAACAAGUUUGGCGGCGUGGAUGAGCGUGCGCUUCACCUGGCUCAGGGCAGGCUCAUUGGGAAUGGAGCUAGCAGUAAAGCUUGUUUGUAUACUCAGCAGGGUAAAAAAGGGACCAAUCAAGAUGCAAUGAUCGUCUGGGAGAAUUUCAGCUCAAGAGGUGAUGCGGUCUUUUGUGGAGUAUUUGACGGUCAUGGUCCUUAUGGUCAUAUGGUUGCAAGGAAAGUGCGUGAUAAUCUUCCAGUGCUGCUCAGCGCUCAGUGGAAUGGUAAUCUAAACAAUGAUCAAAAUUGUGUUGCUGAAAAUAAAACUGAAAACGGUAAUUGUGUUGCUGAGAAUGGGAAUGCAGCUGGAAGCACAGAUGCAGAUGAAAACAUGGAUGAUGGUUGGUGUGAGCCCCUGGAAGCUGAAGAAAAUACGAAGCUCCCAGAAAUGUAUUGGCCGCUCAGACAGUCAAUGUUGAAAGCUUUCAAAUUAAUGGAUAAGGAACUAAAGCUGCAUCCAGCUAUUGAUUGCUUCUGUAGUGGAUCGACGACUGUGGCCUUGGUACAGCAGGGUCAGGAUCUUGUAAUCGGAAAUGUUGGUGAUUCAAGAGCUGUGCUGGCAACUAGAGACAAGGAUAACUCUUUGACUGCUGAACAGUUGACAAUUGACUUAAAACCCAAUCUUCCAAGAGAAGCUGCUAGGAUUACGGAAUGCAAAGGAAGGGUUUUUGCGCUGCAGGAUGAACCAGACGUCCCACGUGUAUGGUUACCUAAUAGUGACACACCUGGUUUGGCAAUGGCUAGAGCUUUUGGAGAUUUCUGUCUGAAGGACUUUGGUUUAAUUUCAAUGCCAGACGUUUACUAUCACCGGAUUACUGAGAGAGAUGAGUUCAUUAUUCUUGCAACUGACGGGGUUUGGGAUGUCAUUUCUAAUAAAGAAGCUGUGGAUAUUGUGGCCUCUGCCCCUGGUCGUGCAACAGCAGCCAGAGCCCUUAUAGAUUGUGCUACAAGGGCAUGGAGGCUGAAAUAUCCUACCUCCAAGAAUGAUGACUGUGCUGUUGUGUGCCUCUAUCUGGACCAUGCAUGUGCACCAAAUGUGGCUCAAGAACAGAAAGAUUUAACAGCUACUCUCACUCCAAAAGAAGUGCUGCCUGUAACAGUAAAUGAUAAUAAGCCCACAGAUAUUGGCAGUAAUUCACCUUCACGAUCUAUUAUGCUUGAGCAUUCUGGUACUGUCAGAUGCUGUGAUGAGAUUGUGCCCGUAAUAGAAACUGCUGAAGAUAAGCAUCCCGGAAAUAGGGUGGGCCAGUCUCAGAGGAGUCUAGCUGAGUGCAUUUCAACGGCAGAAGAAGAGGAAUGGUCGGCCCUUGAAGGUGUUGUAAGGGUGAAUAGCCUGCUGAGUCUGCCAAGGUUUAUGUCUUUUGACAAAGGGUCAGCUAGUUGGAGGAAAGUGAUGACGAAAAGUUAGAGGACUGUCUGGUGGGUGAUAGAAUUGUGUAAAUUUGUUUUAAUGUGAUUGAAGUAAAUUCCCUGCGCAGAACUUCAUAACUAUGACUUAUACUGUGAGAUAGAAUUUUGUAAACUUUUUAGAGUGUUAGGUCGUAUAAUUCAAAUCUUUCCAACUUUUUUUGA